UUAUUUCUCAUCUUAUCCAAUCUUAUUUUAAACUGUGUCUUAUUUCUCUGUGUGUGUGUGUGUGUGUCACAGGUGGAUUUUGCCAACCGGUCAAUCGGUGGAGGAGUCCUGGGUAGAGGAAGAGUACAGGAAGAAAUCAAGUUCAGCACGUGCCCCGAGCUGAUAGCGGCCAUGUUGUUUAUGGAGAACAUGGAGGACAAUGAGUCGAUGGUGAUCUCGGGCUUUGAGCAGUUCUCAGUGUGCACGGGCUACGCCGAGUCGCUGCAGUUUGCGGGACAUUUUGAGGGGCAGGCGGAGGGCGACGUGGAGAACAACCGCCUGGUUGCCAUGGACGCAGUGUCGUACCGAGGAGGCCCCCCGUCGAGACAGUACGGGGAGACGGCGCUCACGAGGGACCUCAACAAGGCUCUCAUCGGGUUCAGCAGGACCGUGGGAGGCCGGCUGUUUCCACCGCCACGGGAUGAGGGCUCUAGAGGUGAAGCUGAAAGUGCGGGUUGUUCUACCCUCGUGGGAGAGCCCAUGACAAGUCACUCAUCAUCCCACCAGCAGCAGCAUUCUCGUCGUGAUGGUUCAUCGAAACAUCAGCAUCAUCAUCCUCAACAUCCGCAGCAGCAGCAGCAACAACAACAGCGCUUCCAUACUCUCCAGCAGUCUCUAGAAUCCCCAGGGGGAGGCCACUCUGGUAGAAGAUCGUCUGGUCCUCGGUCACAGACCGACAGAGGUUCUGCCCCUUGCCACCACCUGACGCCCCUCUGCCGAGUGGCAGGGGACCCUUCGGAUUUACCUCCCCCUUCAAGCGGGCUUGCCAGUUCCACAGAAUUACCUCCCUUUGCUGGUGGGAUUGCAGCAGAAAGCAGGAUAUUAUCUCCCCCUUUCAACACGCUUGAGUCGGAAACUGAUGGACAGAUGUGCAUGGAUAUUUCUCCGUCUUCGUCAAUACUCCCAGCACAGAUAUCUCCUCUUUCCUCUGUCGUCGUGUCAGUUUCUUCCGAGACAAACCCACACUCUGACCGUGUCGGCGAAAUCACGGUUCCAACGAGCAUUUCUCUGACCAGCUCUUUGUCAGAAUGGGACAGGCCAGUGCCGCCUUAUGCUGCGCAGGAUCACGUUGCUGCUCCUUUCUCUUCCACUUCCACGUUUGCUCAACAAAAACAACAACAGCAACAACAAAUCUCGCUUCCCCGGUCACUGGAUUCGAACCUUCCCUCCCCAGGUUUGGGCGGAGAACAUGCGCUGCAGUCGGAUAUUUCUCAGCUGGAUGUUUCUUCAGCCGGUGCAGCUGCUGCAGCUGGUGUCGACUCCGAGCGUCUGGUUGAGCCUCGGGAAAGUGAAGAAACGGUAUUUCCCCACAGCAAACUAAGUGCCUUUCAAAGUAUUCCUUCUUUAAGCGUUGAGGAACAUCACGAUGUGUCCUCUGUCAGAGGUCGAGAGUUAGCGUCGUCGUCGUCGCCAUUGUUAUUUCCCACGUCGUCGCCGGAUCUCCAAACUCAGUCAGAUUUGUCCGAGAUGUUUCGUAAAGGGUUGCGCAGCGAUAUUCUGGGUAACUUGAAGAAAAAGAGCUCGCAAGAGCCGCGAGAACGUUGGUUGAAGUCGUCAUUUUCUGUUCCAGUGGAGCGAGGGGGAAGAGGACUCGUGAGAACAGGAAGUGGAUCUGUCGCCGCGUCGGAUUCUGCUGCGUCUUAUUCUUUGUCGAGAGAUGUAAGUCAAGAGACGCCGGGAUCGUUGGAGUCGGAGGAAGUGAAGAUGAUUUGUAAGCUUGGGACGAGUAAGGAGGAGGAGGUGGAAGAGGGUGCAGGGGAGAGUUUCUGCAAACAAAGCAGAUUGUCGUCACGUGCUGUUGCAGAUUUGGAGGUUGAUCAGCAGGUACGUGGAUCUGUUCCUCCCCCUCCUCCUCCUCCUCCUUCUCACCUGCACCACUACAGGAAGACAGGGGUCGGAGGGAUAGAGAGAGCGGGCUCAGAGAUGUCCAACUUUUCCAUGAUGGUCAAUCUCGACUCUCGCAGCGUCUCGGCCAACUCCACUGAAGAGGAGGGUCAACACCUUCUUCCCAAACGAACGGACGUCGAUUCGGCAAUGGUAUCGGUGGCCACCAUUUCUGGUCAAUACGCUUCGGCCACUACAGUAAGUCCCCAAGGUCCUGGUGGCGCGGGUUCGAAUCUGGGUUGUAAUUUGACUGGUCGCAUGGUAGAACCAGAGGUAUCGUCGGAGAUGCCUUCUCCAGAUUUGUCCUCGCUGAGUGCGUCUCCCAACACAAACUUUGUGGCUGUCCCUCAAACGUUUUAUCGCGAGCCUCUCAAUGGUUCGAAUGAUGCUCACGUCACCGCAGAUUUUUUCAUCGCAGACGAGGACGGCUCGGACCAACGAGAUCUGUCCGCGGAACUAAGACAACACAUUCUUCAACAACAUCAACAACAACAACAUCGGCAAGAGCAACAACAGCAUCAACAAGAGCCAAGAAACGGAUCCCGCGACAUCUACACGGAGCUCCGAGAGUUCCUCUCUUCCUCCAGCGCCGGUUCGCGCAGUUCGGGUUCGGGCGGGCCUCUGUCCAGCGCCAACUCGGCCUGGGGCUCCCGCUCGGGCUCCCUUUCCUCCCACGGGACCAACGGCUCCACCAACGACUUCCUCGAGUUCUGGAGUCACUUCAGACGCCGGAGUUCACAGUACAGCGACGCCACGUCGCGACGGUCGAGUUCCAGCAAACAUAGCUCCGACUUCAGCACAGACCUAGAGACGUUUGUCUACUCUCGUCAGGAGAUUGCCGAGGGACUACCACCGCAGCCGCACCAACAGCAACCGCAACAACCACAACAUCACCACAGUCACGGGGUGAUAGAGGAGGAGGGAGGGCUGGUCACCCUGUUCUCCGACUUUGCCUCGCAGUUUGUGUCGGUCGCCAUGGUGAAGGGUGUGGCCGGUGGAGCCUGUGUGGGGCCUGUCGCCGGGGGGAUGGGGGAGGCUGAUGUUGGACAUGUGUCUGAUGUGGUAGGGGAGGCUGAUGUUGGACAUUUGGCUGAUGUGAUGGGGGAGGCUGAUGUUGGACAUGUGGCUGAUGUGAUGGGGGAGGCUGAUGUUGGACAUUUGGCUGAUGUGGUGGGGGAGGCUGAUGUGGGACACCGCGCCGCUGAUGAGGUGGGGGAGGGAGUUGAAGGAGUGGUUGGUGCAGGUGUGGUUGUAGUGGACAAUCAUGCUACCUCCGGUCCGGCCGGGCGAGGAUGUGUGGUAGUUGUUGCUGGCGCUGGUGGGGACGCGGAUUCCGCCUGGGAUCAAAAAGAAGAAGAGAAAGGAACAGAGGAGGACCAGCCUCUGGAGAGUGCAGAUGUUGCUGGUAAAGCUGUGGUAGAUGAUGAUGAUGCUAAAUGUGCAGAAUUCGAAAGACAAAAAGUUGACAAGGAAGCUGUUGUCGAGACUGGGACCGUGCGCUCGGAGAGUAGGUCAACCGUACCUUCGGGGGCCCACCAGCGCGGAGGUGGUGUCGCCAAGACCAGCACCUUAACCAGACAAGAAAACGUAAAUCUGGAUCUGUGCGAAGGAGACGGUGGUGAAAAGAAAGGUGAGGUGCCAGGACUCGACGAUACUGCUCAAGCGGUAGAUGAUGUGUCAAAGGGUUUGGAUUUUAGACACAGCUCGAAGGUUCACAGUGGAGCCAAAGCUGAUGAUGUGUUAGCCGAGCAAGUGACCUUGAAAAGUACGGAGGAUGCAAAUGUUGCACAACGAAGCGUGAGAAGCUCGAAGGUCCCUCAGCCACUUACUAUACUGCCACCAUCAUCAGCGCCACCACCGCCGUCCCCUCUCAAACCCCCGACCUUCACCAGCGUCGUUGGGUCGGAGGUCGCGCCAGAAGUUCUCACCCCGGCGGCGCAGUCCCCCCGCGUCAGACAGCUGCGGGGCCAGCCUCCACUUCCGUCGCCAGAGGGCGGGGGCGCCUGUCCUUCACCUUGGCACGGCAGUCUCGACUCUGGUUUCGGCUCAGGGAAAUCUUCUGUGGCCAGCGUGAGUGUUUGCGAAGCGGAUGUCCUGUUGUCCUUCGUGGUCCCAUCUGAUGGGGGUGGGGGUGCUGGCGGUGGGAGGUCAGCGGCCGAAAUGUCUUCCUCGAAUACUCCAGUUUUUGUCGAUGAGGAUGACCUUGGGACUCAUGGUGGUGACCUUCAAACUCAUGGUGAUGACCUUGGGACUCGUGGUGGUGACCUUCAAACUCGUGGUGAUGACCUUGAGACUUGCGGGGGUGACAACGUGACUCAUGACAGUGACCUUGGAACGCUUCCGGCUGUUUCCACAACAGCAACAUCCUCUGCUGCUGCUCUGCCUGUUGCUACUGCGACGGUACAAAACAUUCUCAUGACCACUGAGCAGGCGGGAGAGAAGAGGACUUUGUAUGCAACGCUGGAGACAAAGACCAUUUAUUUUCCGGAGGAAAACGUCGUGCGUCCCGUUGUCAAGAAAAAAUCUGGAGAUGGAAAUCCUCGUCCUACUGCUCCACGUCUGCAGCCGUCCUCGCCCCAUGCUGCCUCGGAAAAGUCUGUCCGCACUCAGCAGCCGGCUUCCUCUUUGACGGCGGGCUCCCGCAUCCCGCUAGCCUCUCCGUCUUCGCCGUUGUCGGGUUUGAGCGAGGACAGAGGGAGGAGUCGUCACAACGACCUUCAAAGGAAAAAAGAGGCGGUGACCGGCUCUGCGAAGUCAUCGGGAAGCGGUGGAGCGAAUGCGAGAAGGGUAUCGCGGCCGACCUCCCAAACUGGUGGUUCUGGGCGGAGUGUGAAAACCGGUGCAGUACCUGUCAAGUCUGUGACUGCCGUCUCCUCCUCUCCCCCUUUCUCAGCAGCAGCUUCGUCGUCUUUGUGUGCGGAAAGCAAAAGUGUGGCCAGAACCCCUGUGGGCAUUCCCACACUCAAAGUGACAGCUUCGAGGAGACGGGAAACAGAGUCAAAGGUCAAGGCCAAAGAUACGGGUUCGUCGAAGAGCAAGGAUUUGGGCUCAUCUAAGGGAAAAGAAUCGAGCUCAUCGAAGGGGAAAGAUUCGAGCCCCUCCUCGAAGGUGAAAUCUGUACCUCCUGUUUCUUCGGGAAAAUCUUUGCCCCCACCGCCAGCUCCCCCUCCACAGUCUCAGUGUGAGAAAGGCGGCCAUGUUGGGAGGAAAAGUGACAAGUCUAGCGGCUCCCCGUCCAAAUCUAAGGGAAAUGUUCACAAGAAGAAGAGCAGCGUGGAGAGGUUGUUCAAUCCUCACAAGAGCCGGUACAUCUGCUCCGACGUGGCCCCGCCUCUCGUCGACAGAAAACCCAGAGGGAAGACUGGCUCCUCGUCCUCGUCAAUGCGGGUGUCGGCGUCCUCGGGGAGGGUUGCGUCGUCGGGAAGUAGACGGAGGGAAGAGAGGAAUUCGGGGAGGAGAGAGGAGAGGAAUUCGGGGAGGAGAGAGGAGAGGGGUUUGCGGAAGGCUGGAGAGGAGGGGAGGAGGAAGAAUCAGGUGAAGGAGUUUACUACAAAGUCUCCGAGGUUUGUACGGUUCGUCAACUCGUUGGCCGAGCGGGCCCUGAGUCAGGCCGUGCUGGAAGGGGCGGAGCUUGUCGCGCAGCCGUCCCCCUCUUCCGUUGCUGCCGGUGUUGAUGGGGGUGCACGGGAGAAGUCGCAACGAGACCUUGUCCCAGAGGAACUAUUUAACUGGUUCGCGAACAAGAUCAUCCAUGAGGUGUUUUUUCACGUUGUGAGCGAGUUGGAGGCCAGAGAAUAUGACGAGCAGACUGGCAGAACGAUACAACGAUAUCAACAGCAUAGCCAACACCACCAUGGGGCUGAUGGGAUAGCCACAGCCAGCGUCGAUCAGGGAGCAGGAGGUGCGGCAGCCAGCCUCCUAAUCCCACCAUCGCUCUCAGCAUCGUCGGUGCGGGGCUCUGAGAGUCCGUGUGGAGCACAGUCCGUAGUGGUCACAAACAGCUACCCCACCCCUACAUCUCUGUCAGAUUCGAACCCAAACCUCAAGCCUUCAGCAACGGGGGAUAGUGGCGGUGUGCAAAACGUGAAAGUUUCACCGUCAAUGUCGAAGACUGUCUCGUUUCAGGACUGCGGACCACGAAGGGAUGAUGAUGAUGACAACAACUACAGCUACCACCACCCUCACCGCCACCGCCACCACUUCAGCGAUGAUGACGAUAAUGAUGAUCGUGAAGUAAAAGAAUCCUCCGAGGUUUCUCAACCGGUGCACAUUCCGCUGACCGUCAACAUUUCUCCUUCCUCUUACCCGGCAACGGCGGCAGGCGCCUGGCGACAACAAAGUAGCGGUGCCGGCGUUCUUCUGUCGUCCUCUGAACUAAGCAAUACAGACUUGUCUUCCACCUCGCCCCCGUCCUCCAAACCCACAGCGGCGACGACCGCCGGCCGACAGCCAUCAGAACACCCUCCACACACCUCCUCGUCCUCCUUAACCGUCUCCUGUCCGUCCCCCUCCUCUUCACAACGCCAAGCUCCUCCAACAACAACAACCACCACCACAAGCAGCAGCAGCAACGCGGGGGCUGGUGCGUCAAACACGCCCCCGCCUACCUCCGACACCCCCCAGCCCCCUGCGGCCCCACCGCUACGCCACAGUCGGUCACUUUCCGAGUUCCGGGGGUCGGCCAGUCUGACCCCCGCUGACCUGUGCGUGGACGUGUAUCAGACAGCGGCCACCAUCGUGAGCCAGGUGUUCCAGUCCAUCUCGGAGCGGGGGGUGGUCGACCUGCAGGCUCUCAGCCCGUCCUCCGUCUCCACACGGAGGGGAACUGGAUCAUCCGCCGACACGGGCUGCCACUCGACCGGCAGCAGAUACCACAGCCAGUACGACAGCUUUGCCUCCAACAUCUUCUCCUCCUCCUCCACCAAAGCUUCGGGCAGCCCUAAGCGGGCGCGUCGCUCCAUGUCCCCGAGCAUCGGCGUGUUCUCCCGCAAGCCCAUGAGUCGCGAGACCUUGACCAGCGCGUUCCUGCGUGUGGAGGCCACGCCCAGCGUCAAGUCGUACGAGCGAAGGAGCAGCGAGCCGUGCCAGACCAGCGUACAUCUGUCGCUGCAGGCGUUCAACAACAAUAAGUUCAAUACCAAGGCCGUGGAAGAGAAACAGCGCAAGAUCUCCCGCACGGAUGACGACAUCGGCUGCCACAGGACCUGGCGGCGAGGCUCGCUUGACGGCUUCUCCUUCGAGCGCCGCAACUCGUGCGGCUUCAAGGACCCCGUUCUGUCGCGGUUUGCCGAGGAGCUGAUGAAGGCAGACACGUCGGUCCCCGAGCUGGUGAUUGUGGGUUCGCACCCCAGCUCCUCCACCACUGGUUCCCGUCGUAGCAGCAUCAGCGGCUUCCGCGACAUGACCUUGGCCAAUCUGGAGAGUGAGCUACUCAACACUAGCUUUACCAGCUGUCUCACGGGCAUUAGCAGUGUAGCGGUUUGGGGCUUCCCUGAGCGCUUGAAUGCUGGAGGCCAAAGCUCAAUUCCUUACUGGAGAGAAGUUUUUAUGGCGUAUCCCAUAUCCCAGUCAUCGUUCAGGGAUGUUGACUACGCCAGUCUGUUUGCGGGACAAGUGGUGCAGGAAGCUGUGUGCGUGUUGAAGAGCGACCCCGACUACCUCACUGCUGAGCAGGCCAACAUCGACAUCUACGCGGAGAAUCUCACCGAUCAGAUUCUGAGAGAAGCCUUCUCCGACUCAGCCAAUGGGAGAGAUCUUCCCUCCCCUCGGUGGAUGGGAAAUAGUCACGAUAUUUACGAGGCCUCAUCGUUCCUCUUCGUCGUCGUCACCGUCGUUAUUGCUGUCAGGUCAACCGCAGCCGCAGCAGAGUUUUGCUUGUUCGUCGCUCACCUCCCCAUCUCCUACCUCGGCCGCUCCACUCCUUCCCUCUCAGAGCCAGUCGUCGCGGCAGAGAGACUGGGGGGGCGCCAGGCCGAAGCAGAGUUUUCACCACAGACAGGAUUUGUCGGGGCCUGUCACCAGCACACGUUCCCUGCCCUCCCCGUCUUCUGUGUCUUCUCCGUCGAUGUUCUCAGCAGUGCAACAACAACAUCAACAACAGCAGCAGCAGCAGCUCAAGUCUUCUUCGUCGUCAUUUUCUUCGUCUGUCCUCACCGCCACUACCACCACCACCACCGCCUUCGUCGUCCCCUCAGCAGCAUCACAAUCAGCAGCAGCAGCAGCAACAACAACGACCGUGAGAAAACAUUCUCCGUCCCUAUCGUCUGCCUUACCCCUGUGGCCUACACAGCCACUUUCUUCAUCAGCGUCUUUGUUGACAGCAACAUCAUCAUCAUCAUCAUCAGCAGUUGUCGCUUCUGCUGCUGCAAUAUCAUCAUUAUCACCUUCAUCGUCAUCGUCAUUGUUGAGACCUCUUCCUGCAUCAUUCCAGACUGCUGA